AUGCGCAAGGUGGUUGAUACAGGGAAAGAGGAUUCCGUCCAAAGGUGUUUCCUUCCACACCAUCCAGUUGUCAAACAGGACAGCACAACGACUAAGGUUAGAGUUGUAUUCGAUGCAUCAUCCAAAACACGUUCAGGAACGUCUCUCAACGAUGCCUUGCUGGUAGGGCCAGUAAUCCAGGACGAUCUACGAGCAAUCAUCCUACGUUGUCGUAUGGUUCGCAUUAUGUUGGUUGCCGAUGUUGAGAAAAUGUUCCGCCAAAUUCUCAUCUGUCAAGACGACAUUCCUCUCCAAACUAUCUUGUGGCGGACAGAUGAACAAUCCGAUAUCCAAUGGUAUGAGCUAACCACUGUUACUUACGGUACCAAACCUGCUCCCUAUCUAGCUACGCGCACGCUGCAGCAACUAGCUGAAGAUGAGCAACUCCAAUUCCCUAUGGCGGCAAGGGCUGUCAAGAAGGACGUGUAUAUGGAUGACGUCCUGACUGGUACGAACACCGAAGAGGAAGCUAUGGAGCUGAGGACCCAACUUGAUUCGAUGCUAUCCAAAGGUGGAUUUUCGUUGAGGAAAUGGGCGUCGAAUUGUCCAAAAGUGUUGGAAGGCAUUCCCAAGGAAAAUCUAGCGAUCGCCAAUACCGAAGAAGUGUCGCUAGACCCCGACCCAUCCGUGAAAACCCUAGGUUUGGUUUGGUUACCAGGAACCGAUCGUAUCAAAUUCCGCUUUAAGGUCGGUAUUCCAAAUUUUGACGAGGAUCUGUCAAAACGGAAGGUACUCUCGAUAAUAGCCUCAUUAUUCGAUCCACUUGGUUUGAUCGGAGCGGUCAUCUUGCGAGCGAAGCUGUUCAUGCAAUUACUUUGGACGCAAGAAGAUGAGGAAGGAAACCGAUUAGGCUGCGAUCAGCCUUUUACCCCUGAAGCUGCUGGCUGAAUGGCAGGCUUUUCACCAUCAGCUACCCUGACUGAACGAGUUGAUCAUUCAACGUUGCGUUGUUUUACCAGAAUCAGCGAAGGUUCAUUUGCAUAUCUUCUCGGAUGCCUCAGAGCGUGCAUAUGGAACAUGUGCGUACAUCCGGAGCGAGAAUCACAAAGGAGAAGUUUGGGCUGCUUUAUUGACAUCAAAAUCCAAGGUGGCACCGUUGAGGCGCCAAUCAAUUCCCCGGCUGGAGCUAAGCGGAGCAUUGCUUUCCGCGCAGUUGGCAGAGAAAAUCCUAGAGUCGAUCCAGGUUCCAAUGGAGGUGUUCUUUUGGUCCGACUCAACUUGCGCUCUCCAAUGGAUUAAGGGAAAUCCUUCAAUGUGGACAACAUUCGUUGGCAAUCGUGUAGCCAAGAUCCAACGAAUAACCGAGAAAUAUUCAUGGAACCAUGUUGCCGGAGUGGACAAUCCGGCGGACCUAAUAUCCCGAGGUAUUGGACCCGAUCAAAUCCAUACCUGCACACUAUGGUGGGAAGGCCCACCAUGGCUCAAGAAGAUGAGAGAAGAAUGGCCAAGUUCAUCAGCAACUCCCGUUGCACAAGAUGUUGAAGCAGAGUUUCGUUCAACAGCACAUUGUGCUAAUGAAAAGCCCGAAGGUUUUGUGGGCUGGUACAUUUCCAAGUUCCCUUCGUACACAGAUGUGCUGAGGCGAACAGCAAUCUGGCAGCGUUUGACUCGAAUACUGCGGAAGGAGGAUCCGAAGCCGACCGGUUUUCUAACAGUGAAGGAGUUAGGUGAAGCCGAAAUCACUAUCAUACGCAAACUUCAACAGGAAGAAUUCUCGAGCGAAUGGAAAUCUCUUUCUCUGAAGAAACCAAUACCAAAGAGCUCAUCACUACGAUGGUUCAAUCCAAAGUUGUCAAGGGACAAUGUAAUCCGAGUCGGCGGGAGAUUGGGUCACUCACAGGAGUCGGAUAAUGCCAAAAACCCCAUGGUCUUACCUG